ACGUAAAAGACUUGGUAACGUGAGCGGAGAUCCCGAUUACGAUGAACUCUACGGAACAAUCUCUUCUUCAUGCGAAUUCUGAGAAAUCCGCCGUGGAGAAGGAGCCUGAGGCUUUCCGAAAGGCCUUGGCUAUCAUUCUCAAGGAGCGUUCUUUCUCCUAUCCAUCUUUCGAUAUUUACAAAGGCGUCACCGGACUUUUAGAUUACGGUCCUAGUGGUCGCCUUGUUGAGCUUAACGUGCUUAGCCUCUGGCGUAAGUAUUUCGUUAAUGAGGAGGACAUGCUUGAAGUCGGUUGUACAGCCUUGACACCAGAGAUCGUUUUCAAUGCAUCUGGGCAUGUUAAAAAGUUCACUGAUCUUAUGGUCAAGGAUGUGAUCAAUGGGAAAAAUCACCGUGCCGACCACUUGGUCAAAGGUUAUUGUGAAAGGCUAAAGAAAGAUGUCACCAUCUCUGCUGAGAAAGCUGCUGAAUUGGAUAAUCUCCUCUCUGUUGUGGAAAAUCUUUCUGCUGAAGAGCUUGGUGCCAAGAUACAGGAGUACGGUAUCACUGCUCCUGACACUAACAAUCCACUUUCUCAUCCUCCUCGCCCGUUCAACUUAAUGUUUCAAACAUCCAUUGGCUCAUCUGGUUCAACUAACGGUUACCUGCGUCCUGAAACUGCUCAAGGCAUUUUUGUGAACUUUAAUGAAUACUAUAAAGACAGUGGGGAAAAACUUCCUUUUGCCGUGGCUCAAGUUGGUCGAGUCUUUAGGAAUGAGAUAUCCCCUCGUCAAGGGCCUAUAAGAGCUCGUGAAUUCUUGCUGGCAGAAAUUGAGCACUUUGUUGAUCCUGAAAACAAGUCGCAUCCCAAAUUCCCCGAUGUAGAAUCAUUGGAAUUCCUUAUGUUUCCAAGAGAAGAGCAAGAAAAGUCCGGCCAAUCUGCGAAAAAACUAUGCCUUGGCGAAGCUGUUGCUAAGGGCACUGUGAACAGUGAAACUCUAGGAUACUUCAUUGGGAGAGUGUAUCUUUUCCUUGUUUGUCUUGGCAUAGACAAGGAACGGCUGCGUUUCCGCCAGCACAAAGCAAAUGAAAUGGCCCACUAUGCAGCAGAUUGUUGGGAUGCUGAAAUUGAGUGUUCAUAUGGCUGGAUUGAGUGUGUUGGAAUUGCAGAUAGGUCUGCUUACGACUUACUUGCUCACUCCAGAAUAAGUAAGGUUGCUCUUAAGGCUGAAGCGAAAUUGGCAGAGCCUAUACAAGUAGAGGAACUUGUUAUUACCCCUGUAAUGAGAGAAAUGGGUCUUGCAUUUAAGGGAGAUCAAAAAAAUGUGGUUGAAGCUUUGCAGGCGCUCAAUGAGGAAGAAGCCAUGAAGAUGAAGGGGACUCUGGAAUCCAAAGGGGAAGUGGAGUUUGAAGUGUGUACCCUCGGGAAAAAAGUGACCAUCAAUAAGGACAUGGUGUCAAUCUUAAAAAAGAGGACAUUAGUGUCCACGCGGGUUUUCACUCCGUCAGUGGUUGAACCAUCGUUUGGGAUUGGUCGGAUCAUGUAUUGUAUGUACGAGCAUUGUAUCAGCACAAGGCCAAGCAAGGCAGGGGAUCAACAACUGAACGUGUUCCGUUUCCCCCCUCUUGUAGCACCCAUCAAGUGCACGGUUUUCCCUCUUGUGCAGAACCAACAAUUCGAGGAAGCAACCAAACUCAUUUCCAAACAACUCAAAUCUGAUGGCAUCAAACACAAGAUUGACGUCUCUGGUAAAUCGAUAGGAAAGAAAUAUGCAAGAGCUGAUGAGCUUGGUGUGCCAUUUGCAAUAACAGUGGAUUCAGAGACAUCAGUCACAAUAAGGGAAAGAGAUAGCAGAGACCAAGUCCGAGUCAGCUUGAAAGAGGCAGCUUCCGUCGUAACCUCCAUGGCUGAGGGGAAGAAGACGUGGCAAGACGUCUGUGCAAGAUUGAAUGGUUAGGGGUUGUGUUUACAGAUAUUAAGCUGUGUAUAAAAUCAUGCUUUGCCUAAAGUUGUUUUAAGAUAAUACAUAUAAUACUAAUAUAUAUACAUUAUAAUUUUGUUACAAGAAAAAAUGUUUUCUGCAUAAAACAAUCUAAUAAGUAUCACAAUAAUCAUGUUGA